CCCGCCCCCUCGGCUGGCCGCCAUCUUGUUGUUGAUCCGUACCCAGUGGGCAGCGCCGGGAGCUGGACCGAGCGGCUGGUGCGGGGCCGCUGCUGCGGGGCUCAGCCACCUGCGCUGCCUGCCAGGGGGCGGGCAGAAACCUGGAGGCCCGGGGGGCCCAGCUCCCGUGGGGAGCCGUGGGCACCCGCUGCCCGGGCCAGUCCGGAAAGAAGAAUAAGCUGAACAGAUUCUGACUGUUGGCUUUCAGCUCACGAAGGACCUGCCUAGCUCUCCUUUCGUGGUCCAUGUGCUGCAUCCUCUGCCUUCAGUGUGCAACCGGCCCCCUACGCAAUGUGUGUUUGUCAAACCAUGGAAGUGGGGCAGUAUGGCAAGAACGCAAGUCGGGCAGGAGACCGGGGAGUCCUCCUGGAGCCCUUCAUCCACCAGGUGGGCGGACACAGCAGCAUGAUGCGCUACGACGACCACACUGUGUGCAAGCCCCUCAUCUCCCGGGAGCAGCGUUUCUACGAGUCCCUCCCCCCCGAAAUGAAGGAGUUCACCCCUGAGUACAAAGGUGUGGUGUCUGUUUGUUUUGAGGGGGACAGUGAUGGUUACAUCAACUUGGUGGCCUACCCUUAUGUGGAAAGUGAGACCGUGGAGCAGGACGAUACCCCAGAGCGGGAGCAACCUCGACGCAAGCAUUCCCGCCGGAGCCUGCAUCGGUCAGGCAGUGGCAGUGACCACAAGGAGGAGAAAGCCAGCCUGUCCUUCGAGACCUCUGAGAGGUAGAGGGGUGGCCCUGCUCCGAAGGUGGAUCUGCACAGCCACUCAGAUGUCCCUUUCCAGAUGCUAGAUGGCAACAGCGGUCUGAGUUCUGAGAAGAUCAGCCACAACCCCUGGAGCCUGCGCUGUCACAAGCAGCAGCUGAGCCGCAUGCGCUCCGAGUCCAAGGACCGGAAGCUCUACAAAUUCCUCCUGCUUGAGAACGUGGUGCACCACUUCAAGUACCCCUGUGUGCUGGACCUGAAGAUGGGCACCCGGCAGCAUGGCGAUGAUGCCUCGGCUGAGAAGGCAGCCCGGCAGAUGAGGAAGUGCGAGCAGAGUACGUCAGCUACGCUGGGUGUCAGGGUCUGUGGCAUGCAGGUGUACCAGCUAGACACAGGGCAUUACCUCUGCAGGAACAAGUAUUACGGCCGUGGGCUCUCCAUUGAAGGCUUCUGCAAUGCCCUCUAUCAGUACCUGCACAACGGCCUGGACCUGCGUCGCGACCUUUUUGAGCCCAUCCUGAGCAAACUGCGGGGCCUGAAAGCGGUGUUGGAACGGCAGGCCUCCUACCGCUUCUACUCCAGUUCCCUGCUUGUCAUCUAUGAUGGCAAGGAGUGCCGGGCCGAGUCCUACCUGGAACGCCGGUCUGAGAUGCGUCUCAAGCACCUGGACACAGGGGUGCCUGAGGCGGCAUCUCCCUGUGGCCCUAGCACCAGCCCCAGCAGCACCAGCCCCGAGGCCGGCCCCUCCACUCCACCCAAGGUGGAUGUCCGCAUGAUCGACUUUGCACACAGCACAUUCAAGGGCUUCCGGGAUGAUCCCACCGUGCAUGAUGGGCCGGACCGAGGCUAUGUGUUUGGCCUGGAGAACCUCAUCAGCAUCAUAGAACAGAUGCGGGACGAAAACCAGUAGGCCCAGCUCUGGGCCCCCAGAACCCCUUCUCCACCCGCAGGCAGGGACCAUUGAUCCGAACUCACCGUGAGGAUACAGACUUGCUUUUAAAGGGUUAUAUUUCUCUUUGGUGUAAACUAAAAGAAAUGUUUUUAGCUGUAGCCUGGAAUCCAUAUAUAUAUAAAGUGAAGGAGGGCAGAACACACAUCCUCUCAGCCAGGCUCCUUAGCUCUACAGCUCCGACUGCCGUGUCCCGGCUGUCUUAGGAAGGAAGAGGUGCCCCUGGUGGGCUUGGCAGCGGGGACAGGGGACAGCCCUUGGACAUUGGUUUCUCUUGCCUAGGUUUUUGGGGUCUGUGGCUGCAGGACCCCUCCAUGCCCACUCAUCCCUUGUUCCUCAGUAGUAGAGAAGUUGAGUGCCCAUCUUGGGGAUGUUUUAGUGUUACGGGUGUCAGCCACUCUUUGAUGCCCCCAGAGCACUACAAUGCCAGCUGCUCAUGGCUGGACCCAUCCUUGGUUCUGACUUCAGCAUGAGGCUAGAUUCAUGGGCUGAAGUCAGCUUAUGGCAGCGGGCGGGCCCUGGGAUCCCCUGGGACUCUGGCACUUGAACCUGCUCCUCCCCUUUCUGGACACCCCAGCCAGCCUUUCUCACCAGGAUCCUGGCCUAAGGAGUUUACCAUCUCUUGUCCCACUGAAGGGGCUUUUGCUGUGCUUGCUGCGGAAAAUCUGUGUCCCAGCAGACUUCGGCCUCUGGUGGCUCUGGCCCAACAGGAUCUGCAGUUCUUGUACUGUGGGUGAGAGUCCCCAUCCUCCAGCUUGGAGAGCUGUGCUGCCUCUGGGUGGGCUGCUCCUCCCAGGGCUCAGGGGCUCCCCUUUCCCCAGGCCCGGCUCAACUCAACAGCCCGUUAUGAGAAGCUCCAGGCUUGUGUGAGAGAACGUCAAGCCUAUCUGCACAUAGGGACAUUGUGCCCUGGAGCAGGUGCCCAGACACUGCUAAUGAGAGUUUUGUCUUAACAGUUCUGGGGCCCCUCAGCCUGUCUAUUUGUCUAUCUGCCAGUCCCUGUCUCUUGGGAUCCUUCCCUUGGGGUGUAGCCUUGUUGGUAAAUAUUGAUUUCCUUCAUGCUUUCUUCAGCAAAAUAUUCUCUCUCCUAUUUGAGGGGAGCUUUCGCCCCUGUGCCCUUUCUUAGCAGGUGCUACCUUUUUACAGAGAACUGGUAGCAAAAGGAACUGUAGGGGGUGUUUUCCUGCUGGCCCAGCGCCCCUCUCUGGGCCUGGAAUGUGGUGUUGGCACUGACAGUGGCACAGCGAAGGCCCAGUGCGCGGCCCCUUCCUCCUCAGUUUUUAUUUUUACUGCCAACCCUUAAUGGCACAGAGACCUGCCACUUCUAACACAUGUGGCCAGGAGGUGACACUGCACUCAUCUAACCAUUGCCAAAGUUAGUGCCCUCACCUCCAAGCCUAGGGCCACUGUCAUGGUCACUUUCGGCAUGUCCCUGUUUGGGCAUUGAAGGAAAGCUUGCCAGCCUGUGUCUGUGAGAGGCCUUGGUAACUGAUGGACUAAUUUCUGGUCCUUAGAGAUGCAGCCUCACACAUCUUAAAUGGGCACCUUGAUGGACCUUGUCUCUCAGUCCUCUGACCCUGGUGCCAGUGGUGGGCAGGUUCCCAUUCCUGGGAGGGGCAGCUUGCCUAUUGUCAAAGGUGACCACCUUCUCUCCUCUACUAUUCUGUGGCUUCCGCUGUAGAGGCAGUAGCCAUUAGUGUAGACAGUCAUUUCCUGGCAGGGCAGAGGCUCAGACAAAGGGUCUGGGGCCACUUGGAUUCCCUCUCCAGCCUGGGGAUGUGCUGUGCCUCCUGAGUUCCUCUAUUUUAGGAGCAGUCCACCCCUCCCCCCUCCCGACCUCAUAGCAAGAGAGGUUGUACCCACUUAAAUUCAGUGUUUUCCUGGCACUAAGCGGUGGGCCUAGGAUUUGCUGCUUCCUCCCAGGGCAGAGCUGUUUGGACACUGGGAGACCCAGUCCUUUUAUCUGGCAGGUGGUGGGCACGUGUGUGUGCACAUGCUCUCUGCUGGAGCCCUGUCCCAGCCAGGCCCUGCCUUCCCAGCCCCAACUUGGGACCAAAGUGCAGUGUGGGGUCACAGCUGCGGCGCUCAAGUGACCCCUUUUCUAUAAUGCGUCCCUGUGCCAAGUCGACACCAGCCCCUGGGGGGUGGGAUCGGGCGGUGCUUAAAGAGGAAGGGGACCAGUGUGGCAAUUUGCCAGGGACCCCACCCCUCCCUCACAUCGGGGCCUGUGCAGUGGCGUGGAGACUCCUUUAAGGGGCCAAAGGCCUAGGCUAGUUCAGCACUGUUCACUCGCUCACACGUGGUCACGUGCACGCCCCCAGAUGCAGAUAUCUUUGAACUUAAAAGCUGUUCAAUUUGGUUUUGUUUGUGCCGAUUUAAAAAAUGUUUUAAUGAGGAAGAAAAGAUGGAGAACCCAGGGAAGGCCCUGGGUCCUUUGCUUCUCCGGGAACUGUAAGCCCUCGCCUUUGGAAAUCGCUUUCUUGCUCCACUUUCCUGUCCUCGCCGCCGGAGGCCUGCGCCGGGAUACGAUACGUGGCUCCGACCGAGUCCGGGCGCAGUUGCGUGUUCUCGGGACCUUGCGUGCGGGGGUAGGGGGUGCUCGGCCUUAGGCCGAGCCGAGCCGCCCCUUUUUGUACACCUAGCGCUGCCCUCCCUGCUUGUGUCUAAGGUCGUGUAUGUCAAAAUAAAGCCGCUAGAAACUCA